AUGGAUAUCAAUUUCCGAAAUGUUUCCGGAACCUAUUAUCUUGAUAUUGAGUUAUUCACGAGAGAUUAUCAACAAUCCGGUAGCUAUAUUGCUUUAGCGUUCGCCGAUCACCCAGAAAUGUGGAGUUCAUUUGUUUCCGAAUGUUCUUCAAUGAUCGGCACAGAAACGAUGACGCCAAAGAUCUCUUACAAUAAUAAUCGACCAGAAAAUAUACGAAUCAAUGGCUUGACGCAAGACGAUAUGUCAAAGUUGUUGACGAAUUUUAUUCUCACCGAAGCCGAUGGACAAAUUCUAUGCAAAUUCACCCAACAAAUCAACAAUUUACCUUUCAAGAACGAUUUAAUCUACAGUUAUAAAGAAGAAGAUGAAAAAUAUUUGCUUUUUGCAAGAGGGGCAACAAGUUUGAGUGGACUAACAAUGCACAAUUACAACGAAAAGGUGGCAUCCACUUACAAAACGAAAAUUAGACGAAUAUUUGGUGUUGAUUGCCCAAGUGGAUUCGAUUAUUUUCCGGAUUGGCAACUUUGCAUUGGCAGCACCUUGAAAGAAGGUGACGGUUGGACAGCGAAUGAGCAAUCGUGUUUCAUUGAGGGAGGAAAUUUGGUGACAAUUCAUGAUGCAUUCUAUAAUAAUUUUAUUGGGAUGACUGCCUUGAAGCAAAUGGGAUCAUAUCGAGUAAUGAUUGGAUUGAAGCAAAAUGGAACCGUUUGGGAAUGGGUUGAUGGAUCGGCGUUCGAUUACCAGAGAUGGGCACCUGGAGAGCCAUCAAACAAAGACGGAGAUGAGGAUUGUGCCUAUUUGGAUCCAAAUAACAACAAUUGGUACAGUGGAGAAUGCUUUUAUUUGACCAAUUUUCUGUGUCAGAUUCCGCUUGUGUUAAACAAA